CAGCUGAUGGCCAGCAACACCCAACCGACCUCCAACACCCAACUGAUGGCCAGCAACACCCAACUGAUGACCAAGAACACCCAACUGAUCUCCGGCAACACCCAACCCACCUCCACCAACACCCAACCCACCUCCACCAACACCCAACCCGCCUCCAACACCCAGCUGAUGACCACUGCCGUACAACCGCUCCCCGCCAACACCCUGCUCCUGCUGAAAGCCGCCGAGGGCCGACCGACGCCGGGUGACGAAAACACCCCCCCGUCACGAACCCCCAAACCCAGAACCGCCGGUUGGGCGCUGUUGGGCGGCACCCCCCUUUUUUGGGCGCCCGCCCCUUCGGAAACCUCCAAACUCCAACAGUUGGUGGCGAAAUACCACACAACACCCCCAGCAACAGGAGGAGGGCCCCGAACCCAAUGCCCCGUGUGCCGCCGGGUGUUGAGCUGCCCGCGGGGGUCGCGGUUGCAUUUCGGGGGUCACGUCCCCUUCCGGUGUAAGGUGUGCGGGCGGGGGUUCUCCAGCCGGGGUCACCUGCGGGCUCAUUUUGGGGGUCACCGCGGGGUACCCCCGAAUUCCUGCCCCGUUUGUCAACGUACCUUCGUCGACGGCGCGGGGUUGCAACAGCCGGUCCGGGGGUAUUCGGGGAGGGGGCUGCCGCCCCACGGCGAAGGGGAACCCUGCGCCGAGCCCCGGAAUGAGGAGGAGGGUGACAACAGUCGGAACAAAGAGGAGGAGGAGGAUGGAGAGGAAGAAGCGGGCGAAGCGGACCCCCGAAUUGGGGGGGAUCCCCCGGAAGAAGAGGAGAAGGAAGAGGAGGAGGAGGAGGAGGAGGGGAGGAAGGCGGACAGGAGGGGACGGCGAGGACGCACGGGGAGUCCCCCCAGGAACCCAGGGAGGGGCACGGAGGACACCGAGCCCCCCCCCAAAAAACAGGGGAAGGGGGAGAAGUAGAAAGGUAAGUGCCCCCUCCCCUCAAAAAAUUUGGGGGGAUUUGGGG